CCUCCAUCCACCUUAUUCCUUUUAAUUAGGGUUCUCUCAACCUCUGAAGCUGUGGAAUCGAUCACACCAUUUCAAGGAACUCCUUUGGAUGUUCAGCCUACGGUGAACGGUUGGUGUCGGCUGCCAGAGAUGGAGACUUCGGUGGUGUGGUGCGCUCGGGACUCGGGAGGCCAGAAGAGGGUUUGAAACAAAGUUUGGUUGGAUAAAGGCACAGGAAAAGCUUGUGUUUUGAUAUCUUCCAAUGGAUUAGCGAUAACUGGGAUUGACGAUCGUAGAUACUGGAGUUGGAUUUCUACAGAGGAAUCCAGAUUCCGUUCAGUUGCUUAUCUCCAACAAAUUUGGUGGUUUGAAGUCGAUGGUGAGGUCGAGUUUCCUUUUCCUUGUGGGACCUACACCCUCUACUUCCGCCUACAACUUGGGCGGUCAGGCAGGCGGUUUGGGCGGCGUGUCUGCAACUCCGACCAUGUUCAUGGUUGGGAUAUAAAACCUGUGAAAUUUCAGCUUUCAACUUCAGAUGGAAGCCGAAAAGCAACGAGUGAUCAUGUGUUUAAAAGUCGCGGUUGAAAGAAGGGCACCCGAGGGUGUGCGUCUCGAGCUAUUCAAACCCGACAAACCCGGACUGUUGGCCCAAGUGACACGAACGUUUAGAGAAAACGCGAUGAACGUAGCACAGGCCGAGAUAUCUACAACAAUGGAUUGUUGCAUUGCUGCUUGAUAAUGGAGCUGAUGUUAAUUCUAGGAAUUAUUGUGGUCAGGUAAUCAUUCUUCGGUUUCGAAAUCGACAUGGACAUCCAAUAUUAGCUCCGAAGAUAUGCUAACCGAAGUUCUGUCGUAUUUCACGCAACCAUCAAUACCGGAGAAGACGGAGCGUAUCUGCCACAUUCAAGCAUCCUCCCUUUCAUUAUGCAACCUGUGACUGAAUAUCGGAAGACACCUGCCAACAUGAAGAAAACCACUGCUGUUGCUAACUGUUCAGAAAGUUUGGCGACUCUUGAAGAAAUAUUACACCAUGAUCGAGAAAAUAAGAAACACACGAAUGCUGAGUUCAAUUUUCGUGUGGUGAUUAAAGGCGUACGUAAUAGCGAAGAGUGGUUCAGACUUAUGUGUGGAGGAGGAAAAUGCAUGAAAGGUGUAUCGCGUGAUCACGGGGAGCUGUGGUGUGAAAACCCAGUUAUGUUUCCCCGAGCAAGGUUCCAUCUUGAACUUGAUGUGCUCGAUUCCACGGCAAAUGCGGUCAUCGUGUGCUUCGAUGACACUGCACAGAUUCUAACAAGCACCACUGCUCAGUCUAUACUCAAUGUGGAAUCGGGUCUCUCGCAUAUCUACACCGUUUAUUCCGAAAGCAUCCAGGAUAGCUUCACUCCAGUCAUGAUACAGAAAUCUAACGGUAGCAUCUCAGCGCUCCCAAACUGCUUACACUCACUUGUGGGCACCACCCGAACCAUCCAAGUUGACACAUCCACAUACUACCAUCAUGGGGCCUUUGAGAGCUUCAACUGCAAGCGUGUGCUCCCAGACGAAACCAAUUGUCAAUCCGUUGGAUCUACCACUCAUACUCCCAUGACUAGGAAGGGUAAAGGGGCGAUGACAAUACCAACACCGGUUAAGCUCUAAGAAACAAUCAGAAAGUACAUGUAAGUUUCUAUAUAUACUUUUGACUUACCAAAUUCCAUGAACCACAUAACUACAUAUCCAUUUGUGUUGUGUUUAAGUAAAUGUUCAAAAUUGAAUAUUAUAUGAUACAAACAUCAUGUUUAUUUCUUUAUGACU